UUUUCUCUCCUACAAAUGCAUACACACGAUUCCGAGAUUAAAAAGUUAGAAACCCUCUACCCCCUCCUCCGCCCCUCCCCUCUUCCUCGCGCGUGGGGCGAUCGAUCCCUACCCCUCGUCGAUCGCGUUGUGUGGGAGCGAGAGGAGGAAGAGGAGGUGGAGGUGGAGGCGGUGGAGGCGGAGGCGGUGGCGAUGUCGACCCCGGCGAGGAAGCGUCUGAUGCGCGAUUUCAAGCGGCUUCAGCAGGAUCCCCCCGCGGGGAUCAGCGGCGCCCCGCACGACAACAACAUCAUGCUGUGGAACGCCGUGAUCUUCGGGCCCGAUGAUACUCCCUGGGAUGGUGGUGAGUUGAUGAUGAUCUCAAAGAUUAGGCUAAUUUUGGCGAUCGAAAUUUGUUUCCAUUGAUUAAUUCUGUGGAUUUUGUGGUGUUUUUGAUAUAUGAUGGAUUGAAUAUGCUUAAAAACCGAUUUUUUUUUUUCUUGGUUUUGCUUCUUUUUGUUAGUAGAUGCAUCUAAUUCUUGCUUUACUAGCCUCCUGACAUGAAAAGUUAGCAUCUUUCUCCCUCCUCUUUCUCCUUGCU